UGGACGCGAGGUGGGAAAAUUCAUUCUGUCGUGUCUGUACGAAUCUCUAACAUAAACAUGUUUUUCAGAACUAGUUUGUAAGUUUACGACCUUUGAAACCGGCCACACGUAAUCUUUAGUUCUUCAUUCAUCACGCUUACCUGUUUGUGCAGCAUGAAGAUUGCAGUAGAAGGGUGUUGCCAUGGGGAACUGGACAAGAUCUACGAGACCAUCGGCUAUCUGGAGAAGAAGGAAGGGGUGAAAGUGGACCUGCUGCUUUGCUGUGGAGACUUCCAAGCAGUACGAAAUGAGGGAGACAUGAAGUGCAUGGCAGUGCCAGCCAAGUACAGAACGAUGCAGACCUUUUACAAAUACUAUUCUGGAGAGAAGAAGGCCCCCGUCCUGACCAUCUUCAUUGGAGGGAACCAUGAGGCUUCCAACCACCUGCAAGAGCUUCCUUACGGAGGCUGGGUGGCUCCCAACAUUUAUUAUCUGGGUUAUGCUGGUGUUGUUCGCUACAAAGGAAUUAGAAUUGGUGGCUUAUCUGGAAUCUUCAAAUCACGUGACUACAGAAAGGGUCACCAUGAAUUCCCUCCAUACAACCCUGAUACUCUUCGAAGUGUGUAUCACAUCCGAAAUAUCGAGGUGUUCAAAUUAAAACAGAUUCAGAUGCCCAUAGACAUUUUCAUGAGCCAUGACUGGCCUCGUGGAAUCUACUACUAUGGAAGUACAGAGGAGUUGCUGCGAAAGAAGAAGUUUCUGCGUCAGGAAGUGGAGUCAAAUUCUCUGGGAAAUCCUGCCGCCGAGGAGCUCCUGGCUCACCUCCAGCCCAGCUUCUGGUUCUCUGCACAUCUUCAUGUGAAAUUUGCAGCUGUGAUGCAGCAUCCGGCUAAAGGUAAUGCUGUCCCACGUGUAACGAAAUUCCUGUCUCUGGAUAAAUGUUUGCCCUAUAGGGAAUUCUUACAGGUUGUGGAUGUUCCAGAGAGACCGGGUUCAUCUGAGGGUCUUGAGUAUGAUCCAGAGUGGCUUGCUAUUCUGAAGGCCACAAACAGUCUACAGAGGACCACCCCUCACCCCUGGAACCCCCCAGAGAAUAAUGGCCUGCACGAACGGUGGGACUUCAGAGUUUCAGAAGCAGCUAUGAUGCAGGUGGUGGAGGAUCUCAGCGGCGAACUUACCAUUCCAGACAACUUUAGCCGGACUGUGCCACCUUAUGACCCCAACAAGCCCCAGCACCACGCCGCCCCCAGCUGUAACACCAACCCUCAGACGACUGAGCUCUGUGCCACGUUAGGUCUCACAGACAUCUAUGCCCAGGCUGGGCAAGGAGAGGAUGAGCUGGGGAGACUUCAGGGCAGUACUGGAGGGGAGGAGGAUGAUGAUGAAGAUGGAAACAGUGUGGGAAGUGUGGAUGAGCCCAGCGAGUAUCCAACUGACACUUCGGGGUUGUCAAGUUCAUUUAAUCCUGAUGAGAUCACUAUAGAGGAUGAGUGGGAGGAGGGAGAGGAGGGAAAGGACGAGGCUGAGUCAAAGGCAGCAGUGGAGGGAGACAAACUCCCUGAUGUCCCUGUAGGUGAAGUCCACACCCCCAGCCGUAUGGUUCUUCCAGAGCCCAAAUCUGAUGUCUCACCCACUCACCUGUCCCACCUGAUGAACCUGCCACCUCCCUCCCACUCCACCCCAGCAGCAGUUCACUCGCUCUCUGGAGCAGAAAGAGAAGGACUGUGCGAGGGCGGGGAUGAGGACACCUCAGCUGCACGGAUUUUAAAACGGGCCAGCGAUGAGACCGGGGAUCCUGGCAGCAGAGGCACAACUCCCCGAAUCAAACGCAGGAACCAGCUCAUCUACACAACAGUGGAGGAUGAGGAGUGUGAGGAUUAGGAGUCAGGGUGAGAAAAGGCAAAAGGUGAGGACUCAUUUCACACCAUUUGUCACAGAGUGUACAGUUCUCCAUUAGUUAAUAUUGAUUUGACAUUAAUUUAUGUGUUUAUGGCCUGAUUUUUAUACAACUUCCAACGUGAGCUACACAGAGUUAUUAAAAUUCCCUUAGACUGUACAUGAGAAAAGAGUUGUGGAUUCAGCGUGUACAGAAAGGCAGUUACAGCCAUGAACAUUUUUCUUUCUUAAAAUCUGAUCACCUUUUUAUAUAUUUUAAUCAAACCAAGAAAAUUUUAGAGAAAAGUUUUUUGAGUUGUGUG